CCUGGUUGACUUGUUGGAGUGCAUUUCAUACAUUCUUAGCAGAUAGGCUGAAGGAAACGCCUAGUUCACGCGCAGCUAGAGGCUAGAAAGCAUGUAGGGAGUUCAUGAACGUUGCUUGUCUCCUCCCGCAGUCUCUGCAGAGGGCACAUAGUGUGCUGGGGCACAGAUCCCAAACUGCUGGACACAGCAUGACCAUCCCACAGCUGGAAGAUCUUACUGGUGUGACACCGCUUGUGGCAGGGAGUUAAGACUUUCUGCUGGAAGAUGGAAGGAUGGGAAGUUCAGGUCAAGUGACUGACUACUCCCAGAAGUCUUUUCCUUGUGGAGGUCUGUGCUGACAGUGAUCAAGGGGCUGUUGGUUAUUGAAAAUGGAAGAAACAAGGAAGCUCUCUCCAAAGCCGUGUAAAACCAAAGAACCUGUGAAAACAGAAUGGGGGUCUCAGAGUGUUGUAUUUACAUAUUUCCAAGGGGAUAUUAACAGCGUGGUAGAUGAACAUUUUUCUAGAGCUCUAAGCAAUGCCAAAAACCCACAAGACCUGAGCACAAAGCACAAGGGUGAGACUGUCGUCCUGAAAAAUGUAGAUAGCAUGUCUCCCCAUCAGUGGAAUUUUUCUUCACAUUGCUCCAAACCAUACCCGUCAUCUUCUGCUACAAGCAUGUCAAAUUCUGGUCUGAAUUUUUCUGCUGUUGGUACGGCAGGCCAAUACCAGCCGUCAGCUCUGAGGAGUCAUCCAACUCAACCUGCAGAUUUAUGGCCUUUCCCUUCGAUUGGGACUCCCAGUCUUACCAGUUCGGUGUAUCAUCAUGCCUUGCCUGACCUGCACACGGUAGAUGAACCGAUCUCUGACAGGAAAUACGGUUCUCUUCUUGGUCUCCUGCAGCAGGAAAGGUGCCUAACAUCCAUGCAAGAAUGUACCAUGAAGCAACACUCAAGUUCUGCUUGUAUGACUGGACCUGCUAGGUUACAAAAUAUAAGUCAAAGUUCAGCUCCUGGGGGAGAGAGGAAAGCAAGCUCUUACCAAGGCUCAGAAAAUCCCAGUGUGAGCCAUGCCACUGCAGGUAUUCAGAUUCAUGACAGAAGACGAGAUUUGUAUUUUUAGCAACUGGAUGUUUCUACUUUAUUCUGAAAGAGAAAGUUCUUGUGGUGAACUUUUAUUGUUUGCAACUGUGAAUCAAGAAGAAACGAACUGCAACUGUUCUGUGCUUUUUCUCUCAGUUGGAAGAAUACAUGUACUAUUUACUAUUCGGGGAAUGAAAAAUCAUCUUUUCCUAUUCAGUAAAUAAUUUCUAAUAGCUGUGGUAUUAAACCUGGCAGUAUGUUUGUUGUGAAGAAAUAUUGUCUACUUAAGGCUUUUCAUGUAGCCCUCUUGAAAGGAUUCAGCACUUUUUAAUCUUUCCGUGUUUAUUCAUUUACCAUCUCUUGAUAAGAAGCACAAUUCUUAUUGAUGCAGUUGAUAACUGAUAAAUGCAGGGAUGCAGUUAGCAUAAAUUCAGUGCUGCAGCUUCUCAGCUUGAUUUGGUAUCUCCAUACUGUUCAAAAUAGUCUUAGCCCGUGGGGAAGAGACUUCAAGACAACCACAGGUCAGCAAAGCAUGUUAUCAUGUUUGUGUUUUGGAAUUACUGUAAUUUGUAACCAUACUUGCAAUUCACUGGGACGUUCUUCAGAAAUUAUAUAAUAUGCAUAUGUCUGAAGGCUCUGUUUUGCCCUUGUAAUGUAUAAUUAUCCUCUAAAGCCCAGUGAAUUAACACUAGAUCUGGGAGGAAAUCUGGAUCCUCAUUGGAUGUAAUUAAAAUACCAUUGAGCAAAAAGCUGGAGGUGCGAAUGGGCUAUUUUCCCAGCCUCUCUGUGGGUGUCAAAGGUUCUUUUUCUAAAUAAACCCUGUGGGGUUGAAUUUUAAAUUAUUGAGCUUGAAGGGCUUGGCCACCUGACCAAGCAAAAAUCAAUCCCUUCAUAGUAUCAGCAUCCCACAGACCUCGGAGUGGCUGAACAGGGGGUGGUCUCGAUGCUCCUCUGGGCAGCAGAAGUGGCAGCUCUGAACUGUGCGUUGCUACUGCAGGUCCAGAUUCCCCCUUGCUUCACCACUCGCCCUUGGCAAAUAUGUUUGCUGAAGCUACUGUGAGUAAAGCCUCAUGUGACUGGUCUUUACAUUUGUGUAUGUAAUCCCUGCAGGAAGAGAAACUGCUUAGUCUUUAUUGUAAAUCCUAAAGAUAAAAAAGAUUUGGGUUUCUUUUUUCUUCCUUCAUUAGCUGUAUGUUAAUUUAAUAUAAAGGAGCACAAUUAAAUUUUUCUGACCACUCUACACAGUUGCUUAAGGAAAUCUGACCUUUGAGAUCUUAGGGCUGUGAUUUAUAGGAGAAAUUCUUAGCUACUAUAAGUGUUUGUGGCUCUGUUUACACCAGAUAUCUCUGCUGCCACUGGUCUACUUCAGUUAUAGCACCUUGUAUAAUUCUAUAAAUAACUUGAGUUCAGCAACUUUUAGCUGUUUAUGGUACUGAUUUAAAAAGAAAUUUUUAAAAUCCCAGUUUGUAUCAUACAAGUUUGCUCUAGCAUAUACAUGAGCUAGACCAACCUGAGAUCACAUGCAAAUGGAACUAUUUUAACCAAAUUAAUAAAAGGCAGACCAACAUCCUGUCUCCCUAUAGAUAAGCACUGAAAAAUCAUUAAUUUUUAAUAUUUCUACAAAAUUGCCUUUCUUCUCUUUUAAGUUUAGGAAUGCAUCUCCAGGUAGGUUUCUUUUGUCAUCCCAAAUCUCUUAAUUCCCUGAGUUUUAAGGCUGCAUGGUAAUAUCUGACUUCCCCUAUGGGCCAAAGCAAAUAUUUCCAAGCUGUACUCCAUACACCUGUCUUACGUGUGUUUUAAUUCCAGUGAAGUUACUGCUUCAAAAUAGUGAAAUAUUUUUG